UUCUUGGCUGCUGAGCAGAGAUUUUAUCAUCAAUAAUGCACCGUAUGCUCGAUGAUUUUCUGAAGAAAAUAUUUCAGCCAGCCUAGUGCCUAAAAGGAUGAAGCAUUGAUAUACAUUCUACAAUUCACGCAUGCACAAUCAUAGUCUGGGAUCUAAUCGCCAUAUUGGCCAUAUUUUAAUUAAUUUCAAUCUACAUAGCGAUGUCUCAACAAUCUCCCAGAAACUCAACACCUUUUUGAAUACAUUUGAUGAAGCUUACCAUGAGAUGAUCCAAGCGGAGCAGGGACAGGCAGAAUUCUCGAUAGAGAAGCUCUAUGGCGACUGCUCAGAAAUUAUGGCUACUUUGUUUGGUACUAUAGAAAGAGAAAUGUCGUUAAAGAAAACUGAGCGAGCAAAAUGUAUGCAAGAGCCCAUCAAUAAGGCCCUUGUCUUGAUCAAUCUCAUAUUAAAGACUGCUGUCGUUACUUGAGAAGCCAGGGUCAUCUGAGACUAAAGUCUUGUUGCUUCGCAUCAUUUCGACGAUUGGAGAGAGUGAUCGCAAUAAGAUAGAGAUUGCAAAAUUGGAAGGAUAUAAAAAAAUUUUACGACUUUUGAUAACCGGAGAUCCAGAACUUACACAAGAAGUUGUCAGAACUGUGAAUUAUCUAUUGGAAUUUAGCAGUGGCCGCACUGAGA